AUGUAAUCCUCCCUCUGCCCUCCCUUUCUCUCGAACUCGCUUGAUUCCCUCCACCGUAACCAAACCUUCCUCUCUCUCUCUCUCUCUCUCUCUCUCUCUCUCUCAGUCUGCGUAUGUAUUUAAUGCAAAGCGGCUCCUACUUCUUCAGACACAUCAACGUGGUCAAAAUACACUAGUAUCAGUGAUAACAGCACAAAAAAAUGCUCGACACCGUCAAGUACCUAAUCGGCUCCCCCGGCGCCAGCGGCUACGGCUCAAAGAGUACAGCCGAGCAAGUCACCGACGCCUCCCCCGAUCUCCGCCACAUCACCGCCAUCAUUACAGGUGCUACGUCAGGGAUCGGAGCCGAGACAGCUCGAGUUUUAGCCAAGCGCGGGGCCAAGCUGGUCCUCCCGGCUCGAAGCCUCAAAGCCGCCGAGGACGCCAAGGCUCGAAUCCUCUCCGAGUUUCCCGGCUCCGACAUCAUCGUCAUGGCUCUCGAUCUCAGCUCCCUCGCUUCCGUCAGGAGCUUCGCCUCCGAGUUCGAGUCCCUCCGACUGCCUCUCAAUCUCCUCGUAAAUAAUGCCGGAAAGUUCGCGCACGAGCACGCGAUUUCCGAAGACGGAAUCGAAAUGACCUUUGCUACUAAUUAUCUCGGUCAUUUUCUCUUGACGAAGCUGUUGCUCAACACAAUGAUUGAAACGGCUGCGGCUAGCGGCGUUCAAGGGCGAAUCGUGAAUGUGUCGUCGGCCAUUCACGGCUGGUUUUCCGGCGAUAUGAUCCGAUAUCUUGGCGAGAUAAGCAGAAGUGGAAGCCAGUACGACGAGACGCGUGCGUACGCGCUCUCGAAGCUCGCCAACGUCUUGCACACCAAGGAACUCGCUCGCAGACUCAAGGAAACGGAGGCCAACGUGACCGUCAACUGCGUGCAUCCGGGUAUUGUUAAGACCCGCCUCACCCGAGAACGUGAAGGUCUUGCCACAGAUUUGGUGUUCCUGCUUGCUUCAAAGCUCUUGAAAACAAUCCCUCAGGCUAGUGCGACGACAUGUUAUGUUGCGACUCAUCCUAGGCUGGUGGGCGUGUCUGGGAAGUACUUUGCUGAUUGCAACGAGACAUCGCCGUCGAAGAUGGGGUCGAACUUAAGCGAAGCUGCUGGAUUAUGGUCCGCCUCUGAAAUCAUGGUGUCCAAGGAUUCCAGUGCUAUUUUGGAUCCAAGCCACCAGCUGGAGCACUAAAAGAAUGGAAAACGGAUCAUCAGUUAUAUAUAUAGAGAAACAGAAAAGCAUCUUAAUUAUAUAACUAGCUAGUUCUUACUUCUUAGUGUCUGUUAAAUUAGCUAGCUAAAAUACAGUAGUAAAGUGGAGGGGAGAGUUAAUUAGGAAAGAAGGAGGAGAAAUAUUUAUAAUACACAGCUAGGUUUGAACAUAAAUAGUAGUGACAUGAAUAUAUAAAUAUGGUCUUUUUGUCCAAAAUGGUUUCUAAGAUUGACAUAACUUCUCACUUGGGUACAUGAGAUUUAAAAUCAAUAGAAGUGGUCUUUCAAAUUGUCCACCAUCAAUCAAUUUGGUCCUUCUAUGAGAAAUAUCCGUUAAUUUAAGGGUAUUUUUGUCAAAUCAAUCCCUCCUCCUGAAUUGGUGGUUUAUUCAAUUCAAUGGAGAUUUUUUACAGAAUGACUAAUAUGAUUGACGGUGGACAAUUUCAGAGGCUAAUUCAAUCCAUUUUAAAUCUCAGAGAUCAAAGUGAGGAGUUAUGACAAUCUCAAUAACUAUUUUGGCUAAAAAGUCUAUUAAUAUUUAGAUAAAGAAAGGCUUUUGAUGUAUGAGAGUUGGAAUCAAGUUAUGACCAAUGAAAUUAAAGUUGUUUA